CGCCGUGACAUGGAUGAAUCUAUUUAAACCAGGGCUCGCUGCCCCGUGUUCUUUCCCUCCAAAACCGCAAGGACGACUGAAACUUGACACGGCUCGCGCGCGUACGACGCUGCAUUGCAAUUUUGCAUCACUCAUCAGUAUAACCACUUAACCAGUAGGUAGUCGAUCUAGUCCGAUUAGUUGCCGAUGUCGCCGACGACCAUGUCCCUGACCACGACGAGCCGCCUGCCCAUCUGCCGGGCGCAGGACGUGUCCAAGCAGGCGCCUGGACAGAAGCGUGCGCCUCCGUCGUCGUCGAAGUCGUCGUCAGACACAGCCGGUUUCAGCAGGAGGAGGCUGCUGCAGUCCGCGGGGAUGGGUCUCGGCGGGCUCGGUCUCGCCGUGAGAGACCCAGCGCGGGCGCGUGCCGAGACAGCGCCGGCGCUGGCUCCGGAGGAGGUGACGUCGAACCGGAUGUCCUACUCGCGGUUCCUGGAUUACCUCAACGCCAGCGCGGUGCGGAAGGUGGACUUCUUCGAGAACGGCACGGUGGCCGUCGUCGAGCUUGACGACCCGGCGCUGGCGCCGUCGAGGGUGCACCGGGUGCGGGUGCAGCUCCCGGGCCUCUCCGCCGAGCUGGUGCGCAAGCUGCGGGACAGGGGCGUCGACUUCGCGGCGCACCCCGUGGAGCCCAACCUCGGGCUCGUGUUCCUCGACGUCCUCCUCAACUUCGGCUUCCCGCUCCUCUUCAUCGCGUCGCUGAUCUGGAGGUCGAUCACCAUGAACAACCCCGGCGCCGGCGGGGGGCCCAGCCUCCCGUUCGGGCUCGGCAAGUCCAAGGCCAAGUUCCAGAUGGAGCCCAACACCGGGAUCACGUUCGACGACGUCGCCGGCGUGGACGAGGCCAAGCAGGACUUCCAGGAGAUCGUGCAGUUCCUCAAGUCGCCGGAGAAGUUCACGGCGGUGGGGGCGAGGAUCCCCAAGGGCGUGCUGCUGGUGGGCCCGCCGGGCACGGGGAAGACGCUGCUGGCCAAGGCCAUCGCGGGGGAGGCCGGGGUGCCUUUCUUCUCGCUGUCCGGGUCCGAGUUCAUCGAGAUGUUCGUCGGCGUGGGCGCGUCGCGGGUGCGGGACCUCUUCAGCAAGGCCAAGGCCAACGCGCCGUGCCUCGUCUUCAUCGACGAGAUCGACGCCGUGGGACGCCAGCGCGGCACGGGCAUCGGCGGCGGGAACGACGAGCGGGAGCAGACGCUGAACCAGCUGCUGACGGAGAUGGACGGGUUCAGCGGAGACAGCGGCGUCAUCGUCAUCGCGGCCACGAACCGGCCGGAGAUCCUCGACGCCGCGCUGCUCCGCCCGGGCCGCUUCGACCGGCAGGUCAGCGUCGGGCUCCCCGACGUCCGCGGGCGGGAGGAGAUCCUCAGGGUGCACAGCUCCAACAAGAAGCUCGACCCCGACGUGUCGCUCAGCGUCGUGGCCAUGCGCACGCCCGGGUUCAGCGGCGCCGACCUUGCCAACCUUAUGAAUGAGGCUGCCAUCCUUGCCGGCCGCCGCGGCAAGGACCGCAUCAGUGUCAAGGAGAUCGACGACUCCAUCGACCGCAUCGUCGCCGGCCUCGAGGGCACCACCAUGACCGACGGCAAGAGCAAGCUGCUUGUCGCCUACCACGAGAUCGGCCACGCCGUCUGCGCGACGCUGACGCCGGGGCACGACGCGGUGCAGAAGGUGACGCUGAUCCCACGGGGGCAGGCGCGCGGGCUGACGUGGUUCCUGCCGGGCGAGGACCCGACGCUGGUGUCGAAGCAGCAGAUCUUCGCGCGCAUCGUGGGCGGGCUCGGCGGGCGCGCCGCCGAGGAGGUGAUCUUCGGGGACGCCGAGGUGACGACGGGCGCGGCGGGCGACCUGCAGCAGGUGACGCAGGUGGCGCGGCAGAUGGUGACCACGUUCGGGAUGUCGGAGAUCGGGCCGUGGGCGCUCAUGGAGCCGGCCGCGCAGAGCGGCGACGUCGUGCUGCGGAUGCUGGCCCGGAACUCCAUGUCGGAGAAGCUCGCCGCGGACAUCGACAGCGCCGUGAAGCACAUCAUCGACCAGGCGUACGAGGUCGCCAAGGAGCAUGUCAGGAGGAACCGCGCGGCCAUCGACCAGCUGGUGGACGUGCUCAUGGAGAAGGAGACGCUCACCGGCGACGAGUUCAGGGCCAUCUUGUCGGAGCACGUCGACAUUGGCAAGGAGCAGAGGGAAACAGCAGCCCGGACAGAGCUGGUCACCGCUUGAAGCUAGAGAAGACUAGCACUGUAGUAUAGAAAGGAGUAUAUAUAGGAGAAGCAUAGCUUAGACUAUCUCCAACAAUCGUCACCCAAAAUACAAGACCCAUUUGUCCUUUGAGUAGCGCUACAGGUAAAAGGUUCCAUACCUAUUUUUAGUCUUCUCCAACAAUAAGACCUAAAAGACAACACUCUCUGCAAAUGGGUCUCGAAGAGAGAGGAUAUCCAAAUUUGGGUUAUGUCUCUCCUAAUACCCAAAAUGGGUCUUCUGUUUUGGUACUCUGUUGGAGGCUAUAUGUAUUGGGUUCCCAAAUGGGUCUCCUAUUGGAGACAGCCUUAGUGCAAAAAUGCAAUAGUAGACUGUAGACACUUGAUAGUA